GAGAAAAAAAAGAGAGGAGAAAACGCCCCCUUCAGCUUUUUCAAGUUGCAACGGCCGGUAUGUGGUAGCAAUGUGUGGUAGCAAUUAUUGUGGUAUCUUCUGGAAUGAACUCUCAUCCAGAAGAUUAUUUCCUGAUAGACCGGUAAAGUCAAAGGUCAAAGAAAAAGUAUUUGUUAAACAAAAAGAAAAGGUAUUUCCGCGUGGGCUGCCUUUGUGUCCUUGAUGUCGCCAAUACAGAACCGGCAGGUUUUACGUUAAGCACAAUGCGUGCGUGUGCUUACUGGACCUCGUCCGCCGUUUUGUUAGAUGGUCACGGAAUUGAGUAUACGCAUGCUUACCGAUACCGAUACGUGGAACAAAUACCACUAAGGCUUUUUGUAUUGAUAUUUUUUACAUGGAGAACGUUGUUACUUUUGAAUAAAGCGAGUGUGCUCGUUUAGCAGGUUCGCACAAAAUGGCGCUAAAAUCUGGGAGGCGUAUUCUGGUAUCUGUUUUUCUGUGGGUCUUUCUCUCUUGGAUCAACUGCCGAACUGUUGUGGCACAACUGAUAGUAGACGAAGGGCCACAGGAUGCCCACGUUCAUAUCGGCCAAAAAGUGACUUUCGUCUGUGACUUAAGAAACACGGAAGGCUAUAAUGUGUUUUGGUUUCAUCAACAGAGAAAUAAGUAUCUUACCACUGGAAGACAAGUAAAUGUCAAUUUAAUGCCAGCAGAGCUACGAGAUCGUUUGUCGGUCGUUGGUAGAGUAAAUCAAGAGGAAUUUAGUUUGCGGAUUGAGAAUGUACAAGUUGCCGAUGGCGGGGAGUAUUUUUGCCAAUAUGUCCCACUAAUACCCAGUGGAACGACUACUAACGCUGGUGCAGCAGUACUUACUGUUUUGAUCCCUCCCAGCCCGGAGUCACCUUAUUGUCAAGUUAAUCUAUUAUCAGGGACCCAGGGCGAUCGCUUUGAAGUGGGUGAUGAGGCGAAUUUUCACUGCUACCAGACGGAUGGGAAUCCCCCUCCAGACCUCACACUUUUAAGAGGUUAUAACCAGCUGGCCGGUCCGGGUCGAACGGUCACUCACCGGUACCUGCUCACCGGAGAUGACAAUGGCGUGACUUUCACUUGUAUCAUGACCACACCUGCCUUGGAUGAGCCGCGUAACUGCUCUGUGAUGCCGCUAAGAAUCUUACCGAAUGCCACCAUUCUGCCAGCACUAUCCACGGUUGAGGAGGGGGACCAAGCAUCGUUUGAAUGUUACGGCGAAGGAGAGCCUAUCAUCGCUAACUACAGAUGGAGGGUAGCAAGUGUUGAUACUGGAGAGAUUUUACCGGCAGAUAGGUACUCAGUGUUUGAAAAUGGCCGAUCCUUGGAGAUAGCAGUGAUGGAGAAUCUUGAAUUGCUUUGCAUUGUCAGCGUGCCGUCUGGACUGUCCGGAAAUGCAACCGCUAGAGUUGAAGUUGUGAAGCGGGAAAUGACAUCAGCUCUUGCGGGUUCAACAGUCCAGACUAGCCCCACAAACAAGUCGUCGACGUCAGCUGGUAUUACAGCCGUUGCCGUUGUGGUGCCAAUGGUUAUAGUGAUACUGGUGACCGCUGUAAUUGUCCUGUGUCUGCGGCGAAGGAGACGGCAUAAGAAGCCGAACAUUUCGAUCCGCUACAAAUCGAGCGUCAUCCGGCACCGUGAGGGUGAGCCAGGUGAUGAUGCCACGCCGGGUCAAAACGGCCAAACGACCGGCGCUGGAACAGUCUGGGAUGAAACUGGUGCAAGGUCGGAGAUCGAUACCAGCAACUUGUAUGCACUACCAGAGAAUCACCAGCUAGGCCCACCAGCGAGCCAGAACUACCACCGGUCAUCACCGAAGCUAGACGCCGUCCACAGCGCUGUUGGACCCGUCGACCCACAUCCAGACACCCCGGUGUACGCCAGACCGGAUAAAAAGGCAAAGAACCUGAAGGAGAAUGAGUACAGCUCCGUGCCGGUGGAGGAACCCAAAGAGGCAGAUUCCGGUCUGGUGUACGCUGAUCUUGAACUAGACUCUUCAUCAGCAAGCAAAGAGUUGGAUAGGACGGGGCUGCCCUCGGGCACAGAGCAGACCAUGUACGCCACUAUUCGCUCUUAAAUUUACCGGACUUUUAGACCUGUAUGAUUUUAGGAUGGUGACGGUCGUGUUAUCUGGCUGCUUUUGAAAAUUAAUUUGUCAGUAAGCUGUACAAUUUUAUGUAUGUGGUGGAAUUUUUGUGUGUUGGGGAGAUACAAAAUAAUAAUGUUGAAGUUUUUCCCUUCACCAUCUUGAUCGCUAAGACGUCUGCACUAUCAAGCAGAAGGUCGUCGGUGAAGGUCAACAAGUAGCUUAAAUUUUAAAAUCUAAUUUAAAAAAAAAAAGGUUGUUCAAUUAUCGCGACGUCUAGUCUGCCCUGGACUCCACUUAAUACCUGAACUUUCAACAUUCCUUUCCUUCAACAGGGGUCAAACAAUGAUUAUUGGUCACACCCACCACCCACUGUCUUGAGGCUAAUUUGUCAAAACUUUGAUUUAAACUUAGUAUCAAUUGGAGAUAUCUGAAAUAGAUGAAGAAAAGGUUUAUACUGAUAGAAGCAGAGUUUAUGCUGUUGGUCGGGACAUGGAUUCUAAAUUUAAAUAUGAGUCAACUUCAGUUGACUCAUGUUGGUUUUUUUUAGUCAAUGGCAGUUGACUAAAAAAUUCAGGGUUUUUUGGUUUCAAUUGUUGUUAGUCAACUGCAGUUGAUUCAAAGACUUGCAUGGUUAUUCUUUGUCAAUAAGAUUGUACAUUACUGUAUAUCAGUGGAUGAAAUACUCCUUGGUGGGUUGGCAUAAAUGAUGAGGAUGAUGAUGUAUGCAUAAUAACAGAGCAAGGGUCAAUGACUUGAUUCUGGAAAUGAAA